AUGUCUUUAUUAGAACAAUUAGCAAGAAAAAGGGUAGAAAAGUCUAAAGGCCUCUCAAAUGCAGACCAAUCUCAGAAUACAUCUAAAAGUGCUUCCUUACUUGAACGACUACAUAAGAAUAGAGGAACUAAAGAUAGGAAUGCUGAGAUUAGAAAGAAAGAUCUGAAGAGCCUUCUUGCAAAAGACAAGAUAAAAAGGAGCGAUUGUAUCUCGGAUCAGCAUACUAUUUCAUUAAGUUUAAAAUUGUCUGCCUUAAAGAAAUCAAAUAGUGAUUUGGAGAGGCAAGAAAAAUCAGUAACGCCUGAAAGCAAAGAAAAUGAGUUUUCUACGAAAGGGAAAUCAUUUGGUGUUAAACUAAACGUUGAAGAAUCAUGGGACGUUAUAAACGAAAUAAAUCGUUACUGUUUAUUGAAAGACGAUCCGUGCGUAAACCAAGCUGACGAUUUUGCAUUAACAAACUUUAUUAUGAACGGUGGAAAAAGCGCCUCAAGUACAGAAAUACUGCUAUCGCCAUCAAAAUCAUCAUCUCUGUCUUUGAAAAGGCAUUACGAUGAACUCCUUGGCAUUUUCGUACCCUCCACUCUGCCGAAAAAAUCUCGUAACGUAGCCAUUGAAAAUUUCAAUAGACCAAGCCCCGAUGAUAUAAUACUAUCAGCCCAAUUGAAUGCUUUCAAUGAAAAAUUAGAAAAUUUGAAUAUCAAGUCACCGCUCAAGACCGAAAAAAAAGAAUCAAUUAACCUUCAAACAGCACCUACUGAGUCAAUUGAUAUUCAUUCAUUCAUCGCAACCCAUCCUUUGAAUUUAACAUGUUUGUUUCUCGGCGCUACAAAUUCAGGCAAAUCCACUUUGCUUGGUCAUCUUUUAUAUGAGCUAAACGAAAUUUCUAUACCGUCGAUGAGGGAAUUACAAAAAAAAAGUAGCAAUUUGGAUUCCAUACCCUCAAAUAGUUUCAAGAUCAUUCUAGACAAUACCAAAACAGAGAGAAUGAAUGGAUUUUCCAUGUUUAAGAAAAUCGUUCAAAUAAAGAAUAAUUUAUUACCACCAUCAUCAUCCUUGACACUUAUUGACACGCCUGGCAAUAUCCAAUAUUUUGAUAAAGAAACCGUUAACUCAAUUCUGACGUUUGAUCCAGAAGUUUAUGCAUUGGUUAUUGAUUGUAAUUAUGACUCAUGGGAGAAGUCAUUAGAUGGUCCAAAUAAUCAGAUUUAUAAAAUUUUAAAAGUGAUCUCAUACUUAAACGAAAUCUCCGCGUGCAAGAAGCAUUUGAUAAUUCUUUUGAAUAAGGCAGAUCUAAUUAGUUGGGACAAGCAACGACUAGAAAUGAUUCAGUCUGAGUUAACUUAUGUGUUGACCGAAAACUUUCAAUGGAAAGAAGCACAAUUCCAAUUUAUCCCGUGUUCCGGUUUAUUAGGUUCAAAUUUGAAUAAUGUUAAAAAAAUUACGAAGUCUAAGUAUAAAUCAGAAUUUGACGCUAUAAAUGAUGUUCCUGAAUGGUAUGAAGGUCCAACAUUUUUCUCUCAACUCUAUUUCUUGAUGGAGCUUAAUAUGAACAAGAUAGAAACAACUUUGGAAGAGCCAUUUAUAGGCUUAAUACUGCAAUCGUCUGUUUCCCAACCAACAGCGGAGACACAUCAUGUGUCGCUCAAAGUUCUUAUCAAAAGCGGCUAUAUUCAAUCAGGCCAGACAAUUGAAAUUCAUACGCAACAUGAAGAGAUCCACUAUUAUGGUAUAAUUACAAGAAUGAAGAAAUCAAAACUAAUAUUGGAGACUAAUAUAAAAAACAAUUUAACAGUCGGUGUGAAAUCUGACAUUUUGGAGAUUCUUGUCAAGAUUCAUAAUACUGAAGACCUCGCGAAAAAGGAAUUUCACAUUCAUAAGGACGAUUUAAUAAUUCACUCUAGAAAGGCGAAUACUCUAUUGCCCAACUUACCAAAUACAUUAAAGUUGUUAUCUUUGCGGUUAAUAAAGUUGUCAUUCCAAACGCGCGCACUAAAUGGUCGCCUACACUUGGGUUCUGAAUUGCUUCUUUACCAUAAUUUGACAUACAGCGCGGUCAAAUUGGUGAAAAUUCAUGGAACUAACGACACCUCAAUUAAUCCAAAUCAGUCACUAAUUGUCGAGGUCGAAAUCAUGGAACCAAACUUUGCUCUCAAGGUGAUUGAUUCCAAAUACGUUACCAACAAUAUUUUUUUAACAUCAAUAGAUCAUAAAGUCAUUGCAGCUGGCAGAAUUAUAUGCCAAUAA